GCACGCCUCCGAUAGCUGGCCGCCGGGGAAGGCCGUCAUGACGUCACCAGAAGCGCUCAGGACGGCACUGAACACCUCCGGCACCGGAUGUGGGUACUGCCCGCCGCUGCCCGCCUGGAGCCCGCCGCUGGAGGCCAGGCCGCCGAUCAAAGGACAGCAGUACUACGCGGCCAGCGGACAGUACGGCUACGGCUUCCCGGGCUAUUCCACCUCCAGUCUGGAGAACCUGACCAAGCUGGGCCACCUGGUCGGCCUCUGCGGCGUGGCCACCGUCGGGUCCAUGGGCAACAUCUACACCAUCUCGUCCUGUAUCGUCGGCGAUAGACUCAGGAAAAAAGGCAACAUUUUCAUUGUGAACCUGUCGUUGGCGAUGCUGCUGGUGACUCUGCUGGUUCUUCCCUCCAUUGCCAUCCACAUGCUGGCUGGCGCGGACGUCUCAGAACAGGCGCGCCGGCUGCACGAGCUUGUGACGCAGCUGUGCGGUUGCGUCAGCCUCUUCACGCUCUGGGCCGUGGCGCUGGAGAAUUACAUCCGCGUGUGCCAUCGGCGAGCGUACCGUCGCCUGCUGAGCCAGACCACCGUGACGGUCGGCCUGGUGCUGGCCUGGCCGCUGGCGCACGCCGCCGCUUUCAACGUGCUGUACGUGCUGCUGAACGAGGACUUUCGCGAGUCGUAUGUCAACCUGGCGCAGUACUGCUGCUGCAAGAUGUCGGUGCACUUCGGCAAGCGGCCGCGCUCGGACCUGCCGCGACCGCUGCUCGUCGAGACGCGCAAGAGCUCGAUGCGUGUCCACCUGAUGGCCGGCUACGACAUGCGGCCGGCCGGCGCCGAGUCGGCCUGCGGGCAGGGCGCCGUGCGCCACUCCCUGGUCACCCGCAGCGGCAGCGUGUCCGGCGCCAGGACCAUCAUGCUGUGA